AUGGGCAUCGAGAGUAGAAACAAGUCAGCUCCACCGCUCCCCGCGCCCACUGAAACCAACUCGACCCUCCUCUCCGCCGCCCCCAGCAACCUUGUACCGAGCGAGGUCUCAACCGACUUGUCCAAGCCCGGCGACGACAAAUCCACAUACUCACUCCCUGACGACGGAACCCCAGUCACCAUCAGGACAGGGCAUCGCCAAAGCAAGUCGCAAACUUCGCUGUUGAUCGAGUAUUUCGAAGGGAGCAAGGCAAGCAGCGUAUCCGGCACGAGCGAACGGCGAAAACCCAGCGUCCGAGUCCGUGUAAGACCAAGCAGCAAGCAUCGGCACAAGGGUGGAUCGGAACGAGACCGCAUCAAGAUCACGCACACCAAGUCGAGGCGAACGAGUCCAAAUCGACGAUCGGUUCCUGCUCGGAGCGAGACGGAAGACCUUUCGGUCCUGAGUGGAGACGUGGAGGAUGUUGGCUCAUAUGCGUCGGCGACCGAAGAGAGUAACGUCAGCCGCAACCCAAUCGACAUCGAGAUCGACCCGGGCGACAACAUCACACGCCGUCGCCGCCCCGCCAGCCCAUUGAUUCCUGCCGCUGACGCCAAGGGCAGCUACCAUGCGUCGACAAUGAGCGAGAUUUCAGCGAUUCCUGCAGACAGCUUUCUUGACGGUUCCGGACCAGCCACAUCCUUUGGCAUGUCGGAAGGCAAAAGCACCCGAAGUAGAAGCCCGUCCCGUGGCGGCGAUUACCUUCUUGGUGCCGCUGCCGGGUUAGGCGCAGCCGCUCUUGCCGACAAGCACCGAAGCAAGAGUCGAGAUGAUCGCGAUCGAGACAGGGUCUCGGUGUCUAAGACCCGGGACAGCAAGGAUAGGGACCGCAAACACAGGUCGAGCAAGAGCCGGACAAGCAGUGUGAGCAAGGAUGAGAAGUAUUCAGAGCGCGCGAGGUCGCCGCGCAGGAGAUCCAAGGGCCAUUCCGAUUCCCUCAUCUCGGGGGCAGACUCUAGCGUAGUCUCCUCUGCUUUUGCGCCAAGCCAUCGGUCGAUGGACCAGCACUCGAUCCGUUCAGCCACCUCCAAGGCAUCCUCAAUCAACAACCCCAAAUUGCUCGAGACGGUCGAAGAUGCCAUCCGUCGCCUUAUUCUGCCAGAACUCAACGCCCUGAAGAGGGAGCAGAGCCGCCGGGGGACACGCCGGGAUUCAACCACGUCCAGCACGACAACGGCGUCAAGAGACGAGUUUGCAGCGGAGAGGCGAAGAUCGGGUGCCGUCGACAAAGCAGUCGCAACGCCGCGCGACAGCAUGAGGAGCAAAGAGAGCCGUGAUCGUGAGGCUCGUAAUGACUUUGACGACAGCAGCGCUCUUAGCCACGAUUCGAUCGAGGACGAGCGCGAGCUAGACGACACUCCGGGGCGUGGGAUAGAUCGUCUAAAAGCUGCCGCGGUUGCGGGCGGUGCUGUGGGCGCGGCUGCCCUGGCUGCCAAUGAAGUGUUCUUGUCACCGCCUGAUGACAAACAGCGAUCUAGACGAAGACGCCGCGCGGAGCUGCGAAGCCGAGGGGUGGGCUCUGAUCUCACCCUGGAGGAUGAGGAAUCGGAACUCGGGCCGCCAGCACCACCCAUGCCCUUGAUGAGUGACAUUAACGCCUCCGACGUGACAAGAGCGUCCAUCCUUUCGGCCGAAUCGGACCGGCCGCAUUCCGCAAGCGAAGAGCUCGCCCCAGGCCGCGAGCUGCUCCUCCAGGACCAAACAUCCACCACCUCCACCCCCACACCCACACGAACGCCAGUCACCUUACAAGCGCUGGGUACACAGCACGCCAACAUUUCCCACGGAGAUCUCAAAACCUUGCCGACCCAACGAACCGGGCAGUGGGACGAGUAUAUCAUUGACGACAACGGCAAGAGGGUGCCGUCUCGCGCCUCCAAGCAUUACAAGGAGGACGAGGAGGACUACGAAGACUCCGACUCUGGCCAGCCAUAUGCACCCGAUGGCCCGUACGACUACUACAGCACUCAGGACGUCCCCCCUCCUCUCAAAUACGUCCCGUACCAGCCGGAGAGGCGCGGCCUCAGCCCAAUCCCGAGCGUUUCGGGCUACACAGAAGCCGGGAGCGAGCUGCGUCAUGCCGAUUCGCGGGCUUCCCACCGCACCAUCGAUUCCGUUUCUUCUGUUAGGAAAUCGCCGCUUCACGAUGGAGUUGCUCAAGGGGACGCCAAUAACGGUGUGAUCGCGCAGAGCGGCGAGCUCAACCGUAUCCCAUCCGGCGAGGCCGUUCGCGCGGUGGGUUACAACAACCCUGACUUCGUUCACCUCGCAGGUGUCGAGUCGAACGUGGCAUCUCUCAUCGACGGCUCGGGAGUUGAGGGCUCUGCCCUGACGGGCUCCUCCAGUGCCGUUGGGAACCCGCUCUACGGGGGCCGAGAGUCGAUGGCAACCCUCGACGAGGAGAUGUCCCGUGAUCCGGGCACACCCACCAAGCGCUCUGUGGCGAACCAGCGCGAAAUCGUGGAUGGACGGGGUGCGACUCCCACUUCGGCGGGCCACCGUUCCGGUGACUUUGUUGAGUACGAGCUCGAUGAAUACGGCCGCAAAGUGCCGCAGACUACUUACCGGCAAUCCCCGACCGUCUCCGAGGCGGCCAUCACCAGCGCCGCAGUCGGCGCUGCUGCUGCCGCCCUCCGGAAUCAGACAAAGGAACAGCAAGUUGUUGCGGAUGACGAGUUAGAUUUCCAGGGCGCAGGCGUCCAGCGGAACAAGUCCUUCAAGGAACGUACGCAACAAGGGCCGCGGCCGGGAAUCGAUACGGCCAGCGCGGAAGAGCUGGUUCACGGCCAGGAUCAAGCCAAGCUGGGCUUUAGUGGCAUGCCUGACCCGAACGAUCCGAUGCCCGAGAUCGGCGACUGGAACGACGACGACGACCUCCUCACCAACCCGUCGUUGAUUAACGGCGAGGGCGGCCGCGAUGAGGAAGCGCGUUGGGCCGGCGACGUCACCCCCCGUCAACACCCCCAAGCGCGUGCCGACGAUGUGGACUACCAUGACCUUGAUGGGGCCCAUGACGACGGGACCUUGCCGCAGCAGCGUAGCGGGCACGAUCUCGGCAUGGCGGCGGGGGCGGCCGCAGUUGCCGCAGCUGUCGGCAUGGCAGCGGCACACAACCACAACAACAACAACCAGGCCAGUCAGGAGCAUGACGAGUGGUACCGGACGUCCGAGGACAAGAAGCGCGACACACUCAUCACCAACCCGUAUGAGGGCUCAAGCCCAAUCGCCAACAUCCCUGGGCUCAAUAACAACCUUAUGCCCGGCUAUGACAACUCGGGCUAUGACGAUUUGUAUACCACCCGCAGCCCGCUUGGGCACAAGGUCGACGAGGGUUACAUCUCUCAAGGGCCCAACAAGACGCCGGAUCUCCAAGGCAGCGUCAAGGGCAAAGGGCUUGGUGCUGAUGCCGCUCCGGGCGCGGGAGCCAUGGACACGGAGGAUCCGUUCUAUGGUACCCCCAAGCAACACGCCGCUCAACACCUUAGUGGUGUGUCACAGGCCAUGGGCUCACCCAUCUACGAUGCAUCGACUGGGGCUGGGAUCGAGACGAUUGAAUCGAAGGAUAUCAUUGCACUGAUGCAACAUUUGAUGGUACGCGACGCCCAGCGCAGCGCGCGAGACACGGAGAUCCUGGUGACCCUCGUGCGUUCUGCGACCGAGAUGCGCAACAACUUUGAAGACAUCAAGCGUAUGCUGGCCGAUACCGAGGACGUCAUCAUCACCGAGGUCAAGGAUAAUACCGAGAAAUCUGUUCAGCGCGCCAUUAACGGCCCCCGUCCUUAUCCAGGUAGUGCCCCGCGCUCCAUCCAUGGUGGCUCGCAAUCGGGCACCAUCAACGAGGAGAUCAACGCCAAAAAGCGGAGCAUCUUUCGGCGUGCGCUGAAGGGCCUGAACGCCAAGGGGGCAAACGACCUUGGCCGCAUCGAGGACAUGCUCAUGCAGCUGCUGACGGAAGUGGAUGUGCUCAAGGCGCAAACCGCUCCGGGUCAAGGGGGCGCUCCGAGCACGCACGUCCCUGAGCAGCCGUACGACCACUUGGAGCCUGAGGUCCAGAGCGAGCAGGACCACGGGUACGACCCCGAGGGCUUGGCCGGCACUUCGACCGCAAGCCAUCCCUCGCAUUCGGGGUUCCUUUCCAUCCAAUCGCGUGGGACAUCGGUCAAGCCGGGAUAUGAUCGCAAGGUGUCGGCGAACCGGAUCAGCACCGUGCCAGAGGAUAACGAAGAAGAUUAUGACCACGCCCGGCGCAAUGACGACAGUCGCUUGAUGACGCCCACCCAGGAACGGUACGGCAACCAGACGCCGGUGACCACUCCGCCCGGUGCUGCUGCACAGGCGCAAAACCCUAUGAGCAACGAGAAUACGCCCCGCACCGAGGAGAGCGGGAAGAAGAAGUCGAGGUCCAGCUGGUUCCGCAUUCCCAAGAUCUCGCGGUGGUCCGAGACGACCGCGUCGAGUGGUGUGCCUGAAUCUCGCCACAGCAAGCAGUCCAGCAAGGAGGAGAAUUUCUCUACCUACCCCACAGCAGGGUCUCGCUCCGGGUCCCUCGACCACUACCAAGAGAACUACCAGUUUUCCCCGCCUCAGCCCUUGCAGACAGACAAGCUCCACACCGGUUUCUCGGAGACCAACCUGUCACACGGCGGUGGUCACGGUGGUCAGGAUGCGUAUCCUGAGGAGCACGACGAGCCGGUGUACAACUCGCAGGUAUCGUCACCCUCGCAGCAACAGGGCGGUGGCGCCAACUGGGUGUCGAUGAACAUGACCCCGGAAGACCCCAAAUAUAAGGUGCACCGCGACUCGCUUAACCUCGUACACCCCCAGCCUCGCCAGGGCCAGACGGAGCGCUUCAAGGCGGCCCUCGAGUCGCAAGCCCUCGGAUACGAUUCGGGCCUGGGACCCCGGUCCGCCGAUUGGGCCGGCUCGGCUACCAGCCUACAGCGCUUCGGCCAGCCGCAGCAGCAGCAGGGCCACCGUCGUGCCGACAGCUAUGGCGAUGCGUACCAGCAGCAGGAGCAACACCAACAACCACACUGGAUGUCAUCCCCUCUGGCCGCUUCGGCCAUGACUGCCACAUCCGGCGGUGCACCUCCGCGUCCGCCCAAGGAGGCCCUAGACCCGCUGAUGGCAGCGACCACCACGCCCCCAACCAACAAGCGCAUCAGCAAGCUCCAGGGCAAGAGCGGCAGCCCCCUGCCGCACCACAGCGUCGAGAGCGGGUAUGGCACCAUGACGCACGGCGUUCCGACUGCCAGUUACAUCAGCCAACACAGCCAGCAUAGCCAACAUAGCCAGAGCCAGCACAGCCAGCACAGCCAGCCAAGCAGCCGGGACGGGAACGGGAGCCCGAGGCUGGAGAACAGGAACUUGAGCGGUGCGCAUCUGGCCGCGCCCAGCGGCGGUGUCAACAGGCGACCGAGCGGGCCGAGGCCGAUGACGCCGACUGGGUCGGGUUCGGGGUCGAGGAGCUUAGGGUUGGAGGAUAGGGAUCGGAGAAGGGAUACUUUUGGCUCGCAAGACACGGAUACCUUUUAA